AUGAUUGAGAGCGAGAGAGAGCUGUCGGCCAUGGUUCAGGAACUGUGGGAUAAUGACGUCAAUAGACUACGACCUGGAACGGACUACAGAAUAUCUUUGCAGGGCAAAGCCGGAGACAACACGGCCAUUAUUGACGAUGACAACGACGGGGCGGGAUAUCCUCUGUUUAAAUUUGUCGACGAAAACAUUUUCCAGAAGGAGACAUUUUUAGCAUUUAUCUCCUUGUUGGAUAACUAUGUGAGUGACACUGGGGAGCCAGAAAUUGUUACCCCUGAGGAGGUGGCGGAGAACCACAAGUUUCUGGAUUCUAUUGUUAAGACCCCCACGAUGAAGAUAGCUCAUAAAUACCUAGUGGAGAAGAAGCUAUCCCCGCAAGAUGAGACGCAAUUCAAAGAGCAGCUCUACAGAAUCUGGUUUGAACUCUAUGCAAGGAGAGGCUCCAGCAGGCCGGAUUCAUCAGGUUUCGAACAUGUGUUUGUGGGAGAAACGAGAGGAGGGCGGACGGUCAUAGGCUUUCACAAUUGGAUCCAGCUAUACCUGCAGGAGAAGCUGGGACACAUUGACUACAAAGGCUACAGUGUCAACGCCAACUCCCCGCAGCCGGACGAGAACAAGCACAUCUUGGCCCUGCAGUUCAGUUGGAAAAACGGCAUCAAGCCCAAAGGCAGCAUCUUCAUCGGCGUCAGUCCCGAGUUCGAGUUUGCCCUCUACACUUUGUGUUUCCUCAGCUCGCCCAACGAGCGGGUUAAAGUCCAGUUCAGUUUCUAUGACGUGGAGAUCGUCUGCCACCACUACAACCAGAAGCACAUAGGUACCACCUACCCUGUACUCCUUAAGUACCAGAAAAACACUUAG